UGUGACGUCUGUCUGCAUCGGUUUGUUGAACAAUUGUCAGACACUGAACAUCUAGCAAUCUGUGGUCUUCAUGAGUUCAACCUGCUUCAGGAUAAGUUGUCAUGGGAAUUGAAGAUCAAGAAAAAGGUGAAGAUCGUGCCUUCCUUUCUGGGCAAGUUCAGACCUGCUGUGGGCCAGUGUUGUCACCAGUGCACUCCAGACAGUCUGCGCAAAAAGGUGGGACAAAACUCAUUUCCUGGCUUCCGUAACCUGCUGAGUGUCAACGAGAGACAAACCAGAUAUCGAGGCUGGCUGGUGCGAAGGGUUUGCUGUGCCUUGUUUGUGAGUGGGUGCAAGGUUUACGGGAGUCCUGCUAGCGACAGGUUGGAGAGAGUCUGUCAGAGCAACAGGGUGAAGAAGGCACUUGCAGCAGAUCACAAAGCACUUGAGGGGAAAGAUAGCCGAGGGCAGUUCAGUCUUCUUUCAAAGUUCCUCCCCCUCAUUAACACCUGCGUUUCUCCUCGCCUCUUAAGGUUCCUAAGCUGGGUGAUUUUGAAGCUGUUUGCGUCUGUGUUUGGAAGUAUCCAGGUUAACCUCAAUCAUCUACCAGCUUUACACAAAGCUUCCCAGGAGGGCACUCCACUGGUUUAUGUGUAUGUGCGUCAGAAUGCCAUGGACUGCUCUCUCAUCCCGCUCGUGCUCUUCUGUCACAGUCUGAGAGUACCGUACACUCUCUGCCCUCUGCAGGUCCAGAGCUGCUUCUUAAGAUCCCUUCUGCAGAAAAUAGGUGUAGUCCUCCUGCCACCCUCAAUGACUGAGCUCGAAGCUGAAGGGGACCCUCUGUACUCUGCUGUCAUGACUUCUCUGAUACGUGAGCUGCUACAUGAGGGUCAGGUGUUAAGUGUUGGUGUGUCAGCGGAGUCUGGCCUGUGCGGCCGGUGGCUGGCUCGCAUCAGGCAGCUCAUCAAAGAGGGAUCUGUCCCUGAUGUCAGUCUGGUCCCUGUGGGCAUCUCCUACGACUGUGUGACCAAGACCAACGUACAGGUUGGCUUGAGAUCUGUGUUGCUGCAGCUGUUGUCCACCUUUUGGAAGAAACCAGAAGGAAGUGUGAGGAUCGACUUGGCGCAGCCCUUUUCUCUUAAGGAGAUGUGUGAGUCCGGGAGGUGCAGAGUAGAUGAAUGGCUCCCUCUACAGGACCUGUUGCUGCCUGUUAUCCUCAACGACAGGUCUAACAGUGUGUUUGGCAAAAGACGGAUGUCGUGGCUUCUGCCUUUAAAUGCUUCUGAUCAUGAAGAGAUGAGUCCAUCAGAUCAAGACCUGAGCAUUGCUGUCAUCCUUCACCUCCUCUUCUUGACAACCUCCAGCUUGGCUGUGAUGUCCACAAGUCUUGUGUCCAGUCUUCUACUGUACAGACAUCACAAGGGAGUGAGUAUGUCUGUCCUGUGUCGUGAUGUGGCUUGGCUCACGGAGGAAGUCUUGUUCAGAAACAGAGACGUCGGCUUCGGGGGAAGCAUACCAGAGGUGGUUCACUAUUCCCUGACUCUGCUCGCUCCUCACCUCAUCAUUUCUGCAUUCCCAUCCAGGAAAGACCCUCAUAUCGUGCCCCGUCCCUCUUCCACUCUUCACCUCACCAUCCAGGCCCAAACGGUUGUGCACGCGUUUAUACUUGAAGCUGUUGGAGCCUGCGCUGUGUCGGCCAUGCUCUGCGAGGUGGUCUUCACUGGCGUCAGCAGCAGGGUCAGGACUGACGGCGUGAAGGGCGAAGAGGUCAAAGGUGACAUGGAGUUUAAUGUCGUGCUGGGCCAGUCGGAGCUGGUGGAGAAAGCCCUGCAGCUUUGUCAUCUCUUGCCUCCAGGCGUCAUGCCACCCUGUCAGUCGUCUCAGAGUUUCGCUCUGGAUGCUGUUGACAGUCUAGUCCGCUGUGGCAUCCUAGUCAUGGAAGAAGUUUCCAGAGACGUUCCCAUUUGUGAUUUCAUGAAGAGGGAGGGUACUCUGGUCUGGACGACCACUGACGACCCUUAUCACAGUGACUCCGACUGCGAGGAGCCGGAGUCGCGCUCAUAUAAGAUAAGCCAGCCGAGUCAGUGUCCGGACAUGCUGUUCUUCCUCUGCAGCAUGUUGGCUGGACAUUUGAGGGCGCUCUGUUGGACCAUCAAGGCGCUGGACCUGAUGGAUGCUCCUGUGGCCGAGGCUGAGUUUGUGUCUGGGGUACGCUCCCAUCUUUGUGACACAGCAAAUCAGAAGAAGCAGCACUAUGAGAGCUGCUCCGAGGAGGCGGUACACACUGCAGUUAGAACACUAAUAGACCUCGGGGUCCUUUCGGAGAAGCGUCAAACGGGAGGCGACUUCCUGGGUGUUAGUCCUUUGUUCCAGAUGUCAGAGAACAGAGAGAAGCUGCACCACUUCAUCUCCCAGUACCUCUACAAUUAAUACAGUUAAGUGUGACUCAAGGCCUCAGCUCUGCUUUGUUCUGUUGCAAAAAUUGACCUCGUUUUCUGUUGGUGUCAGGAAGCCUUUGUUCAUUUUUUAAAGAGACCCACGAGGAGUUAGGAUGCUUCUGCCUUUACGUUCAUUGUUUUUUUAUGAUGUAGCUGUGAUUUUAAGUUCUUUUGGUUUCAGAAUUUGUAAAAAAAAAAAGUUUUAAAAACCCUGCAUGAGAGGAUGGUGAGGUCUCUAAUCAGCUGUUAAGACUUAGUUAUGUUGUGAUGAAAGCAGCUCAAGUUUUGUUUUCUACAUGUGAACAUGUCAAGACAAAUAUUCUCGCUGACAAUAAACAAGUUUUCAAUUGAUGUAA